GAGCUACAAUAGCAAUGAAGAGGAAAUGGAGCAUAGGGGAGAAAAUAUUCAAAGAAGACUAUAAGAGAAGAAUGGAAAUGUUCGAAGCACUAGUUGAAAGCGUAGCUUUAUAUGGAGCGGAAGUCUGGGCUGAAAAAAUGAAAAAAACGUUAGACGGAAUAAAGAGGAAGUACGUGAAAUGGAUAUUAAACUUGGACAGAAGAACUUCGAAUUACAUACUACUGGAGGAGACGAAAAUGGAAGAGAUGAGAACGCAGGCAAUCAGAAGAGCACUAAGAUACGAGGAAAAGGCGAGACAAUCAAAGAAGAAAAUCGUAAGAGAAUGCAUAAGAGAUUUGGAAAAGUGGCGGCCAAACGCAGAAGAAGGAAGAUGGGAAAGAAAGAGAAGAGAGGUGUUGGAAAAGGCAGGAGUAAACAAGGAACAGCUAAGAAGGGAAAGAGAGGCUGGAAACAAAGAUAUAACAGAAAACAUUCUGAAAGAACUAAAAAUCAAAGAGAACAGAGAGAGACGGCAGAAGAUAAACAAAUCCAAGUAUAACACUAACUACAAGACGAUAGCACCAGAGGAGAUACCAAAAUACUUGGAGAGAAGGAUGAAGAAGGACAGAUGUCAUAGCCAAAUACAGAUGCGGGAAUGAAACGAGAGGGAGUCAAUAUUGGAGGAAAGAAGAGGAAAGGAGCUGUAGAAUAUGCAAGAAUGCCGAAGAAAGUUUGUACCAUAUAAUGAAAGAAUGCGAGGCAACAAGAAGCAAAAUGUCGAUGGAAGAACUUACCGGAGAAGAAGGAAAGGGCUUGCAAGCGAUGAAAAAGAUAGAAGUGAGGAAGGAGACAGACAGAAAAGAGAAAGAAGAAGCAGAAGAUAAUAAAAAGAAAGAAGUUAAUAUACGCCAAAGACUUAAUUGUAAUGUUAACGUUGAGAUUAAGGUUGAUUAGAAUGUUAACGAAGAUAUUAGUUUGAAUUUCUGAAUUUUUGAAGUUUAAAAAAAUAGUAGGUUUUUUUAUUGUUUUGUUUUUUAGUUUUUAAGAUUUGAUUUCAAUAAUAAUGUUAA